AGCUCCCCGAACGCGUCCAGCUCAAGUCGCGCUGCGCGUGGAGUUUGAGUAGAAACGCGUUUCCGGUCCGAGCAGGAUGUCGCGCGCGGAGGUCCUGAGGGGGUUCGUCACGCGCACGCUCGCCGCGGCCGCGCGCGAGAUCCUCGCGGCCGUGGACAGCACCGUGAGCGGCUACGAGGAGGAGGCGGCGCGCUUCCGGCGCGAGGCGGAGCGGCAGCGGCGGGAACUGGAGCUCCUCGCGCCGCCGGCGGCGCGCGACGCGGCGGGAUCAAAGGGUUCUUUAAGCCGGAGCCUCGGCCCGGUGGAGGAAGAGCAGGGUGAUGAAGAGGAGGAGCACCAGGAGGACUCGGAUGAAGCUCCAUCAAGAUGUAAGAAGAGGAAACUUAGCAGACCUCAGAUCAGCGACUCACAGACUCACCUGGACCUCAGGGUCCGGAUCCUGGACCCUCAGACCUCCGUGCUCUCAAACAGCGUCUCCUCCUGGUCACUUCCUGGUCUCUUUCUAGUCUCCUGGUCACUUCCUGGUCACUUCCUGGUCACUUCCAGGUCACUUCCUAGUCUCUUCCUGGUCUCGCCUCCCUCAGUUCUGAAGAGGAGCCCGGUGCUGGCCCUCCGGUGUCCCCGGGGCCUGGGGGAACCGGCCCUGGUGGAUCUGCUCCGGUCUUCGUUCCCUCGCCUCGCGGCAGACGGCCAGCGCUUCGACGUGUUGGCGGCGGACGAGAGGCGGAGCCUAACACCUCUGAGGAUGACCACGCUGGAGGAGCUCCAGAGGAAGAGCGGCAGCUCGGGGGGGAAGUGGACGCUCUACGUCCGGCUCAAGGAGAACAAGAAGGAUCCUCCGACCGAAGAAUCGGAGCCGGAUGGAACCGGACCUCACAGCUCCCUUCAGGAGGAGGAAGACGAGGCACGCCCCCGAGACAUGGAACCGGAGGAAGAUGAGGAAGCUGAGGGCGAGGAAGGUGGGACGCCGGAGCCGGCCGAGAGCAAAGGUGACGACCAUGGCGUUGAAAAGGAGGAAGAAGAGGAGGAUCACAGCGGCGGCCAUUUGAAACAGGACAAGAGCGACGAAGAGCCGGAAGGAAACGAGGAAGAGUCAAAAGGAAACGAGGAAGAGCCGAAAGGAAACGAGGAAGAGACGAAAGGAAACGAGGAAGAGCCGGAAGGAAACGAGGAAGAGCCGGAAGGAAACGAGGAAGAGCCGGAAGGAAACGAGGAAGAGACGAAAGGAAACGACUGCAAACGGCAGUCGGAGACGACGAGGGAAGUAAAAGCCGGAUGUUCUGUCUCUAAGAGGACGAAGAAGAGCGGAGACGUCCGGUCCUGCAAAGCCUCCUCUUCCUCCUCCUCCUCCUCUUCCGGCGUCGCGCCGGGGGCGGAGUCGCUCCUCGGCGAGCGCUCCUCCUCCUCCCUCUCGGGGGAGAAACCCCACGAGUGCGACGUCUGCCGCGCCGUGUUCCCCUCCGAGGCGUCGCUGGCAGUUCACCAGAAGCUCCACCAGGGGGCGGAGCCGGAGCGCCCCGCUUCGUUCCCCCGCCGCCGCGGGACGCACGCCGCCGCCAAGAAGAAGACGACGCCGGCGACGCACCUCUGCGGCGUGUGCGGCAAAUCCCUCAGCGACUACCGGUCCCUGACCCGCCACAAGGCGACCCACUCCGGGGAGAGACCCCACGGCUGUCCGGUGUGCGGCCGGCGCUUCAAGCUGCCCGGCACGCUGCGGCAGCACGAGAAGAUCCACGCCGCGCACCGCGAGCGCUCGCACCUCUGCCACGUCUGCUGCAAGAUGUUCCUCACCGCCAAGCAGCUGCAGAUCCACCUGCGGACGCACGGCGGCGAGAAGCCGUACCGCUGCGGUGAGUGCGGCCGCGGCUUCACCGCCAAAGGGCCGCUGACCGUCCAUACGCGGGUCCACACGGGGGAGGCGCCCUACCGCUGCGGCGAGUGCGGCUGGGCCUUCAAGCGCAAGGUCAACCUGGACAACCACGUGACGGUGCACUCCGGCCUCAAGCCCUUCGUCUGCGGUGUCUGCGGCAAAGCCUGCGCACGCAAGGCCUACCUGACGGUGCACAUGCGGACGCACAGCGGGGAGAGACCCUACGAGUGCCCGCUGUGCCACAAGGCCUUCACCCAGAGCCACUGCCUGAAGACGCACAUGAAGAGCCACCCGGGGGCCGGUGGUGGGGCCACGUGAGCCACUUCCUGUUCUACACUUCCUGCUUUACACUUCCUGUUUUACACUUCCUCCCGUGAUGAUGUGAAUUAUUUGCGUUUAUCUCUAAUUUAAAUUCAAGUUGUGUGAAGUUGUCUGGACACUGUGUGUUGCAUGAAACUACAAUAAAUAUCUGGACCUGA